UACAAAAGUCCGCAAAUAUUUCCUGCUAACGACCUUCCAAAGUCAUAAAAUUCACGAUGACGCAAAAUCCUGUUUAUGCAUUGAUUACCGGGUGUAGCAGUGGUAUCGGAAAACAGCUGGCCUUAGAAUUUGCAGCCAGAGGGGUAAUUGUCCUCGCUACUGCCAGAAACACGAGGUCGCUCGACGACCUGACAAGUCGACACAAGAAUAUUGAAGCCAUACCUUUGGUGUUGGACGACCCCAAGAGCAUUGAGAAAUUAAAGGAUGUUGUUGCCGAGCGUACCAACAACAGUCUUGAUUUCCUAGUCAACAAUGCAGGGACACAUUAUGCAGCAACUGCGAUAGAUCUAGACUUAACAGAAGUGACGAAACUGUUCCAAGUCAACGUGUUCGCAAUUAUGCACCUUUGUCAGAUAUUUUCACCGCUUCUCCGUCGUUCACACCACCGAAAGAUCGUCCAAAUUGGCAGUGUAACUCGCGAUGUUCCUAUGGUAUGGCAGUGCGCUUACAAUGCGUCGAAAGCCGCUCUUAGCCAAUACACCAAAACUCUGCGUCUAGAACUUCAACCAUUUGGCGUCGAAGUUAUUGAAGUGGUUACUGGCUUUGUGCGCAGCAACAUUCUACAUCAUGGAUUACACGCUCCGGAAGGAUCGCCUUAUUUGGCGAUCAAAGACGUCAUUGAAGACUUCAAAUACCGAGGCAAUGCGAAUGGUAUGCCCACAGAAACGUAUGCUAGGUCAGUCGUCAGUAAGUUGAUGAAAUCAAAAACAAAUCCAGAGAUAUGGGAAGGCGCGCUAGCAUGGACACUGUGGGCUCUCGUCACUUUGUUGCCGCGAAAACUUCUGCAUAUAUUAGUAUUCUACAAAUUCAAACUCAGUCGUUUGACAAUCAUUCGCAAUGCGACCACAAAAGAAGAUGCGCUUAUCACUAGCACAAAAAGUCCAUAAUACAAACCUUCAAUGCUUGAGGGAGAAUUUGAGAAUUUGAGAAUGAUGAGGCUGAAACUGGAGAAACGGAUGGAGGACACUCACUUGCACGAUGAAAUAAUCAACAAACCCCUGAGGCCAUUUGAUUGAUCUGAAGAUAUAUAAUUUAUACUGUUCUGCUCUGCUUUACUCCUUAUCUGCGGUAUGAUAUAGCUUGAUUCUUAAGUUGAUGAGCAGAUAUAGGUGUUCAGUUUUCUAAGAGCCCAAAAGAAAUUCUCCUUUGAAUUCUUUGUUCCUCUAAGUGAACUGGAUGUUUGAAAUGCUCAAAAUAUGGCUUUGAAUCAAUUUUAUAUUUUCUCGCAAUGAUUAGAUUUCACGAC